AUGUCGUCCCCCGCAGAGGUCUACAGCGAUAUGUUCCCGGUGCCCGAAUAUGAUCCUUCUAUGCCGCGAGGAGGCAACACUCUCGAAGUCAACGUGAACGACCAAUACACCGGCCACGAGUUCCAUUAUGUCUACCUCACCGUUUGCGCUUUCCUCGUAUGGAUGAUCAUUCCCGGCAUCGGUCUCCUCUAUAGCGGGCUCGCACGUAGGAAAAGCAGUCUGGCAUUGCUGUUUCAAACCUUGAUGGUCAUCGCCAUCGUCACUUUUCAGUGGAUGUUCUGGGGCUACUCGCUUGCCUACUCGCGUACUGGCAAUGCAUUCAUCGGCAAUCUCGACAAUUUCGGCUUGAUGGGAGUUCGUGUUGCACCGUCGCCUGGCAAUGCUUUCUUGCCGGAGAUCAUUUUCUGCUUCUACCAACUGCUCUUCUGUGCUGUCACCGUGCAGCUUGUCAUCGGAGGUGCUUUCGAGCGUGGUGGCAUCCUUGCUUCCCUCCUCUUCAGCUUUAUCUGGGCUACGAUCGUCUACUGUCCAGUAGCGAACUGGACCUGGAAUGCCAAUGGCUGGCUAUACAACCUCGGUGAACUCGACUUUGCUGGUGGUGGACCUGUGCACAUUGCCUCCGGCUGCGCGUCUCUGGCCUACGCCCUCAUCCUCGGAAAGCGUCAAGUCAAGUCUGAGAUCGGCAGAGGCCGCACAAAGCCGCACAAUGCUUCUCUAGUCUGGCUCGGCACCAUGCUGAUUUGGUUCGGUUGGUUCGGUUUCAAUGGAGGAUCUGCUCUCAACGCCUCUGUCCGCUCGCUGUACGUCGUCUUCAACACCAACACCGCCGCCUCCACCGGUGUCCUGGGCUGGGUCCUCGUCGACAUGGUCCGAAAUAAGGGCAAGUUCAGCGUCACUGGGGCUUGUGAAGGUCUCGAUGUCUUCAAGCUCCACGGCAUCGGCGGUAUGGUGGGAUCGUUUCUCACUGGCAUCUUCGCCGACGCACCCAUCGGAGCGCUGGACUACGAGCUCGAGAUUGCAGGCGCCAUCAACGGCAACGGCGUGCAGAUUGGAUACAAUUUGGCCGGCAUCGUCGCUAUUGCGGCUUACUCUUUCACUGUGACUUCGAUCAUUCUUCUUGUCUUGAAGUACAUACCAGGCGUCGGAUUGCGAGUCUCGGCUGAAGAUGAGAUGAUGGGUCUAGAUGCCGUUCACUUCGCUGACGAGGAGAUUGGUGACUGGGAGUAUAUGAAGGAGGCUCGCUCGACGUUGAAUGGACACGAUGGUACGGAACAGAGUCGUCGUGUGAGUUCGGCUGGGUCGAAGGAGAGGGAGGUAGAGUCGACAUCAGCUACUUCGCCGGGACGGGCGAUGGUUUGA